AUGGAAGUUUGUAGUUAAUGACUCAACAAAAGAAAUGUAUUCUGUAUGUGUGUGUGUGUGUGUGUGUGUGUGUGUGUGUGCGCGCAUGCGCGCUGAUGACUAUAAGUUUCUAGAGUGUGCAUGCAUUGAGUGUCUAUUUUCACCUGCUGUGUUUCCACACACACCCACACCCACCCCCAGUUAUAUUGACAGUAAAACGGACGAAACGCUCAGAAGUUUCUGUUAGUUAUUCAUCCACCAACAUCAUGAUUGGAAGAGUUGUUUUUCUGGGACUGCUGCUCAUCUGUGUGGCUGAAGUUGCUGGGGAGAACUCUGGACUCCUGAGAAAGCCUUCCUGUCCUAACUUUGGUGAGGAGAUCAUGGCGUGCCCUCUGAACCUCGCUCCCGUGUGCGGCAGCGAUGGAAACACCUAUGCCAACGAGUGUACCUUGUGUGCCCAGAGACAAACAACCAAGAUGGACAUUUUGGUUGCCAAAGAGGAAAGCUGCUGACCUGCGCAGGGGAUGAUGUCACCGCUAUGGGGUGACCAAUCAGGAUCUGAUUAUCGACCCAACAUGGAUCUGUGAAAUUACAAUUCCUAAAUGUUUGUCAAUGCAAUAAGUAAUAAAUGUAUAUCAGCA